CUAUUUCAGUAUUUUGUAAGCCCAAUCUCCACCCUCAAGCGUUCCCUCUGAUAAACGCAGUUGAAGGCCUUCCCGCGGUUUCGUCAACACUCUUGAGCCGCCGUCGAGUUGCAUUGUCGCCAUCCGAUGGACAGAGCGGAAAUGCCUUGACCCAGUCCAACAUAACACUAGACAAACGUACCCAAAGGAUCCUAAAGUCGUAAUCUUUGUCCUAAGCUCACAUCAUCAACUAGGAUUUCAGAUUAUUAACAUGGACCCUAGAUACACAGGAGAGAUAUUGAAGCAUUUGGAGAAGCAAAACGAGCUCCUCAUGGAAGCCAAAAUAUCAAUGUCUGAGGAAUUGCAUCAACUGAAGGUAGAAGAGGAAAUGCUGAUGCGUAAGUUUUAUGAGAUUAUGUCAGCUCAUGGUAAAGUGAAAAAGAAUGGAGAUGGUGGUAAAGUUUCAGAUGAUGGUGAAAUUGGAAGUUCCACAGCGUUAGCCGUAGCCGACACAACUAACGAUGAGGAAUGCCGAUGACUUCAAGUUCUGUUUCUCAUUGUCGAAUGACUGUACAUAUAGUUUUGAAUGUUGCACCCCUUUUACUGCUUAAGCCAAGCUUCGAUCAAUGUUUGAUCAUGUAAAGAUUUGCACUUGGCUUAUACAAGAUGAAAGAAGUGAUGGGGUGCACCGGUGUUUGAACAUCCAGAUUUGAAGAAAUUUCAAAAUCCAACCGUCCAACAUACA